CGAAACUGACAUGGCGCCCUCUGGGUCGGCGUUUCCGGGCGGGUCCUUCCGACAGCCCCCGCGGUGAUUCCAUCACUCAGCUUCCUUCCCGGCCUGCCUCGCGCUGGGGCCGGGCUGGGCCAGAGCAGCCCAAGAUGGCCGACUUCGAGGACCGGGUGUCGGAUGAGGAGAAGGUGCGCAUAGCUGCUAAAUUCAUCACUCAUGCACCCCCAGGGGAAUUUAAUGAAGUGUUCAAUGAUGUUCGGCUACUACUUAAUAAUGACAAUCUCCUCAGGGAAGGGGCAGCACAUGCAUUUGCCCAGUAUAACAUGGAUCAGUUCACACCUGUGAAGAUAGAAGGAUAUGAAGAUCAGGUCUUAAUUACAGAACAUGGUGACCUGGGUAAUAGCAGAUUUUUAGAUCCAAGAAACAAAAUUUCCUUUAAGUUUGAUCACUUACGGAAAGAAGCAAGUGACCCCCAGCCAGAGGACGUAGAUGGAGGUCUGAAGUCUUGGAGAGAAUCCUGUGACAGUGCUUUAAGGGCCUAUGUGAAAGAUCAUUAUUCCAACGGCUUCUGUACUGUUUAUGCUAAAACUAUAGAUGGCCAACAGACCAUUAUUGCAUGUAUUGAAAGCCACCAGUUUCAGCCUAAAAACUUCUGGAAUGGUCGUUGGAGAUCAGAGUGGAAGUUCACCAUCACACCACCUACAGCCCAGGUGGUUGGAGUCCUUAAGAUUCAGGUUCACUAUUAUGAAGAUGGCAAUGUUCAGUUGGUUAGUCAUAAAGAUGUACAGGAUUCAGUAACGGUCUCGAAUGAAGUCCAAACUGCCAAGGAGUUUAUUAAAAUCAUAGAGCAUGCAGAAAAUGAGUAUCAGACAGCAAUUAGUGAAAACUAUCAAACAAUGUCAGACACCACAUUCAAAGCCUUGCGCCGGCAGCUUCCUGUUACCCGCACCAAAAUCGACUGGAACAAGAUACUCAGCUACAAGAUUGGCAAAGAAAUGCAGAAUGCUUAAAGGCUGAAUGUAGGAUUCUUCAGUAUGUGGAAAGAAAGGAUUUAACAUGCGGUCAUAUGAUAAAUAAGUGAUUUAUAAACAAGAGUGAUAUUUUGCUAGGGCUUUCAGAGUUAACAGGUUUUCUAGCCUCAUGAAAUACUGUUGAACCUAUAGCAUCGUCUUGAUUCUUUUGUGUUCUCUGCCUUGUAAUUUUGUUUUCACUAUAUCUACUUGUAAAAAAAAUUUUUUUUUUUUUUUUAAUUCUGCCACAUUUAAUGAUGGAGAGAGAGAGAGAUCUAUCCUGGAGUCAUUUUACUGUUUAGAAAAUUUUCCUAGCCAUGAAGUUCUGUUACUGAUACAGACAGGUAAUAUGCUCAGUACUUUUCUACCCCUGUCCUUCAAAGCACUUCUGGUACUUCAGUGGUUUUUACUGAUCCACCAAUAGCUAAAGAGGCUAUGCUACAAACUAGCUGAAUGGAAGACACAUUCAUCCUUCUCCCUCUGACUGCUUUGAUCAUCAUUUAUAGCAUCUCAUAACCAUAGUUUUCAAAAGUUUGGAUUGGGCUUUUCAGGUCCUUUUGUGGGGCAAAGGAAGUUUUCUGGAAAUUCCAUUAUAGUCAGCUUCUCUGGGGAAGUUGUUUUUAAAUCCAAAGACUUGAACCACAUUCCCUGCACAUGAACGUGUUUGCUUUUUUCUCUUCCCUCAUUGUCUCCUUCCCAUCUAGUACCAUUUUAGUUACAGACAUCUGCAUUUUUAGAAGGGUUUUACCCAUUUAUUAUUUUUUAUUAUUAUUCAAGAACUGCUGACAUACUAGGGAUGUAGUCGAGUAUAAAACUUGAAAAAUGCAGAUGUUGAAGGAAUAGUAGGUAUCUUGUGCUUUAAUACUUUGUGGCAGGAUUGUACUAUGAACAGAUGAAUCAAACAACUAUGUACAUCACAAACAAAACUAAAAAUGAACCAAAGUGAAAAGGAUACGUUCCAGGCAGUAUCUUUCUAUUGUAACCUGUUAUUUAAGGGAAUACUAGUGAUUUGUUCUAAAUGGGAUGUAAAACUUGUUCCAAAUUACUCUUCCUCAGUCCUGCCUGCCAAGAACUGAAAUGUAACUGUGAUAUAGCAACCCUUCCCAGGUAUAUUGGCAGGUAUAUGUGUGAUCUCGGAAUACACAGGUGACAUAGAUAUGAUAUGACAACUGGUAAUGGUGGAUUCAUUUACAUUGUUUACACUUCUAUGACCAGGCCUUAAGGGAAGGUCAGUUUUUAAAAAACCAAGUAGUGUCUUCCUACCUAUCUCCAAAUAAAUGUUAAAAAAGAAGGGUGUUUGUGCUUCAGCUUUGUUUUUGCUCAGUAAUACAGUCAAGCAAGUUUGUUUCCAAGUGACCUGUUGAGCUGUGUAAGCAUUUUUGUUUAUUUCAAAUAAAAUAUAUUUGUAUUAUGUGUCA